AAGAGUAUAAUAAGUAUAGGGGAUUACAAAUGUCAAAAACUCCAAACAAGUUGCGUUGUAGGUAGGACGGUUUUUUAUGGACUUGCAAAACAAACAAACAUGAACACCCAUUGAUUCUUUCAGUUAAAGUUUAUUAGAAAAGGAAGAUGAUGUCUGGUGUUAAAUUGGAAGCCCUUUGGUCACCUGUACACCAUGAUAAAUUUAUAUUAUGGGGUCCAGACAUAACCUUAUACGAAGUUUCUCGGAUAAAGGAAAUUGAGAAAAAAACAACAUUCACUCCAGUAUCAUCAACCAGGGGUGCAACAGUGUUAGCAUCACAGAGUGCGAGUGGUGUCCGCUGUGUAGACAUUAGUGCCAUCCCUGAGCAGCCAGAGCCUCUGCUGGCACUCGGCUAUGCCAAUGGAAGGGUGGCACUCACCACAUUGAAGCAAACUUACGAUCCCUUAGGAUUGGUUGGGAGAGAGUUCAGUCCUCGUUACCCUCGACUCUGUAACUCAGUGUCAUGGAGUCACAUGGAAACCAACAUGCUGGCAGUGGCCAUGGAGAAAAAUCGCAGCGACCACUGCAUCCUGAUAUGGGAUGUGUACCGAGGGUCCAUACUCUCAGAGGAGGCUAAGGUAACUGAUGCUGCAUCAUCUUCAUCAGUCGCAGAGGCACCUCGGCCUCUGGCUGAGAUGGGGCUCUCGGAGACAGCUCACUGUGUCACCUGGGCCAACUUCUCCAAUAGAACUCUUAUAGCAUCCAUGAACCUUAAAUAUAUCAAGAUAUUUGAUCUUAGAGACUUGUCGAGCAAGGCAGUGAAUAUGACGACUACGCGGUAUUGUUACGGAGUGUCCGCGGAGCCCUGCGGCGGGUAUCAGAUCGCGUCCCGCGGCGAGGGCGUGGCGUGCGUGUGGGACGCCCGCGCCCUGCAGCGCCCCCUGCUCACCCUGCAGCACCCGCGCCCUCUGGCGCAGCUGCAGUGGUGCCCCACCAGACGUAACUUGCUGGUGUCGCUGCAGCGCGACUCCAGCGCGCUCCGCGUGUACGACAUACAGCAGGCGACCAGCGACAACAAGGUCAAUAUGUCUGAUAGCGCGCUGGUUGGACAGGCAGUGGAGGCGGAGCUGGAGGAGCAGAGCACCCCGGGCCCCAGUGUCAUCGAGCGCGACGUGACGGUGGGCUCCGCCCCCGCCGCGCCGCUCGUGGCCUUCAGCUGGCACCCAGCGCACGAGGCACGCCUGCUGGCCGUGUGCGCCAGCGGGGCCCUGGUCGACUACACCGUGUGCGAGCGGGUCACCGUGUCCUGGGGCGGCGAGGGCUCGCUCGUCUGGACAGGCGGGGGCGGAGCCCUGCGCCUGAUGCGGGACGACUUCUACGCUGCCAUUAAAGAUAUCUCAUAUGUGAUGAAGAGGAGAGCUCAGACCGACUAUGGACUGAAGCCAGAUUUAUGGCAGAACGCAGACUUAGCAGAUGACGAUGCACUGAGUGGUCUGUGGCACUUCCUGGCGCUGAGCAAGUCCCUGGUGGAGGACGGGUGCAUCCGCAACAGUCCGUGGAAGCACCCCGGCGUGCGCACCGUGCUGCGCUCCGUGGGCGACGGCGGGUACCGCUCCGAGAUCGUGCCGUCCUUGCUGCCCGACCUGCCCAACCGCCGCGUCACCAUCUACAGGGGGGCGGCGGCGGCGGCGCUGCCGGACCCGUACCUGCGGGCGUUGCUGCGGUUCCUGGCCGCGUCCGCGCCCGCGCACCCGCACCACCACCCGCCGCCCCCGCACCAACCCGACCUCGCCGCGGUGCUGAACGAGACAGAGAUGCGGCUCGAGGACCGCGUGGCGUUCGCGUGCAUCUUCCUGUCGGACAGCGCGCUGCACGAGUACGUGGCGGCCACGAGCGCGGAGCUGGCGGCGCGCGGCGAGCUGGGCGGCGUGCUGCUGACGGGCGCCAGCCUGGACGCGCUGCCGCUGCUGCAGCGCUGGCUCGAGGCCACCGGGGACGUGCAGUCGGUGGCGCUGGUCGCGGCCAGGUGCUUCACGCCAGACCUGCUCAAGGACCCGCGUACUACAAACUGGCUUGAUAGCUACCGCUCCGUGCUGGACAGCUGGCAGCUGUGGUGGGCGCGCUGUGCGCUGGACACGUGGGUGUGCGGCGCCGGGGCCGCGGACUGGGCGCCCGGCGCCGCGGCCGCCGACUGGGCGCCCGGCGCCGGGCCCGUGCCGCGCGCCGUCUGCGUGGCCUGCACCUACUGCGGCAAGUCCGUGGCCGCGCCGCCCGGCCACGCGCGCCCGCGGGCCGCCUUCACCCGCCUCCCGCCGCCCGCCGCCAAGAUGAAGCAAAUCUCGUCGUGUCCGAACUGCCGCAAGCCGCUCCCGCGCUGCGGCGUGUGCUCGCUGCACGUGGGCACGGGCGCGGGGGGCGGCGGCGCGGGCGCGGCGGGGGCGGGGGCCGCCUUCGGCUCCUGGUUCAGUUGGUGCGUCGCCUGCAGGCACGGCGGACACGCCCAGCAUCUCAUCAACUGGUUCAAGGAGCACACGGAGUGCCCGGUCAGUUCGUGCAACUGUCACUGCGCCACGCUGGACCCGCCCGACAGACACUAGUCGCUGCUAACUAUACCUUAUGUCUAUACGAGUUACAGCUACUUCAGUUUAUGUGGUAAGCGAACAGUCUUAUAUUUUGUACCGUGGAACAGAUCAAUUAGAACAAAGAAAAUAAACCAUAGUGAGUUAUUGAAUCGCAACGAAAUGUCCUUCGUAAAUCUGUAAUUACAUUUGUUAGACGUCUAUAGGUUUCAUUCUGAUCUAUGCCUGUUAUAGUGACAGCAAAUAUUUACACAGUUAAGGGCGUUAUUCAAGAAGCCAGCGCUGGAAUCAAACCCCGGACGCAUUACUUGGCACAUUUCACUGUUGUAUUUUCAAAAUAAUCUCAAAAUAUAAUCGUUAAAACUGAUUUUUAUUGAUUGCAAUCACUGAACACGAGUUCACUGACAAUGUUCUAAGUAGUUGUCCGCUCGGAGUCCAAAAAAAAAGACUGAGUGCUGUAUUGCAGUCCUCCAUGUACUAAUGGCCCUUUCGACAUUUUUAUUAUUGUUGUAGUUAUCUGUGUAAAUAUUUACUGCCUUACUGGCUGGCGUUGAGUUAGUUAUAUGUAGUCAAUAAACCAGUAAAUGUUAUCCGUACAAGCUCAAAAGAAACUAUCAUAUUCCCUGCUGUCUAUUCAUGUAAUGUAAGUAUUUUGUGUUCAUAGCGUAAGGCAGAACGUGUCGCAUAUAUUUUUAUACGUAGCUUGUAAGUGAUUUGUUAUUUUUGUACACACGCUAGCUUUAUCUUAAAAUCGAAUGUAUAUAGAUUAAAAAAUGCUGUAUAUAUAUUAUAUUGACACAGCUGAUCAUGGCAUGUAAUUGUAUUCAGUAAUUUGUAUUAUUACUAUUAGCAGUUACUCAAUACAGUUAAAUGUUUAUGUGUUCGAUAAUGUUAGUUAGAUAUUAUUAUUAUUUUGUUACUAUGUUGAUGAUUUCUAGUGCUUGCAUUUAUUGGGUGUUUAUAGACAGUUAAAUUAAGUAGCAUACGAAAUUAAAUAUUGUAUUUACUGUACGUCAAUUGCCGAUUUUAACGGGUAGGUACUAAGUGACAACAGCUGUAUAUGUUGCAACUGAUUUGGAACCAAUUUGUUAUCGAAUGAAAUAUUAUGUAAAUAAAUCAAAGCAAAUACUGU